GAAUGGAGAUGACGGGCAUGGCCGCCUCGGUUCGCUUGGUGCAGAUCGAGAACGCUUCGCUCCGGUGGCAGAUCCUGCCCUGCGCCAACUGAAUCGGAGGCGGAGAGCAACGACCUCAAUCGCCCGCACUGUCCAAUCUGCCCAAUCCCGUCGGUCGAAGUUCAAGUCACGAAAACCUCUUUGGUUUGAGGGAUAAGGUUGCAAGUGUCAACUCUCUCUAGACCCAAGAUUAAGAGGUGGAUAACCUCUCUCUCUACCUGGCAUAUUACAUGAUCCUCGCUGCUACCACAAAUAAUUUAUGACCAAAUCAACUUCCUGGCUCCAGAGAUAACAACUUAAAACCUUUUCCAACAUUUGGUAAGUCAGAAGAGGUUAAGGUGAUGCUUGUGGUCCAGUGCAAAUCUCUCUGGUGGAGAACAUCUGGAGGUAGCAGCUUCAAGAAACAACAGCAAGUCACAUUUAAAGGAGGAAUAGCAGGUGAUUCUUGUUCAUAGCUAUUACAGAUGUUAGAGCAGCAGUUUCCUCUUUUCAAAUGGUGAAUAAUAGAAGCUCUUUUUCUGCUUAAUUCUACAACAAUUUUAGGGCACUGUCAAUUGGAGGCAAUCAAACUCAGUUCAAUGGCUCGAUCAUUGCUGAUAACGGAAGAGGUUGUGGUGAAGGCUGUGAAGUGAAUGACAAUUAGCAUCUCUCUGCUAAGGUAUGGGUCCACCAUGGAUGAACCGUUGAGAUGGGAAUUGUAGGAUUUUAUUUACCCUGCAUGAAUUGGAGAGCAUCUGCCACGGAGUAGAUUCUUCUCAUUCCGUCUCGCUCCUCUCUUUCCCUCGGUUCUCCUCCCCAUGCCUCCCUCCCUCCAAAAUGACGUCGCCGCCUCCAGCUUCUCUCUCCGCCACCCCUCUCCGCUUCCACCUUCUCGCCUCUACAAUUCAACUUUCCUUUCCACCCAAGUGCCGUCCGGUUGCAGCCCGCAACCUCUCCAUCCGUCGGCGCUUUCGAUCCUCCUGCGCUUUUGCCUCCCAUUCUCCUCCGCCCUCUGCCGCUAGCCAGGCGUCCAGGUUGCAGCGAUGGGACACGCUCACUGCCAGGUUCGCCGGGGCGUCCAACCUCCCUUUCCUCCUCAUCCAGCUUCCCCAGAUCCUCCUCAACUACCGCAACCUCGUCUCCGGCAACAAGGCCGCCCUUCUCGCCGUCCCCUGGCUCGGGAUGCUGACGGGACUUCUCGGCAACAUGACCUUGUUGUCCUACUUCGCCAAGAAGAAGGAGGUGGAGGCGAUCGUGGUUCAGACGCUUGGCGUGGUGUCGAUCUAUGUCGUCCUGGGGCAGCUUGCGAUGGCCGAAGCCAUGAGCCUUCCGUACUUCGCUGCCAUAUCAGUGCUCGUAGUGUCCGGUCUCGUCUUGAACUUUGUGAACUACUUUGGCUGGCUUCAUGAGGGGUUGUGGCAACUUUGGGAAGACUUCAUUACGGUGGCUGGGAUCUCUGUUCUGCCUCAGGUGAUGUGGUCGACGUUUGUUCCAUUCAUUCCAAAAAGCAUCUUGCCAGGAACAAUAUGUUGCAUUAUAGCAGUAGGGGCUAUCAUUUUGGCACGUCUGGGAAAACUUUCGGACAGGAUGGUGAAAUUCAUCAGGUCAAUAUCUGGAUGGACAGCCACUCUACUUUUUAUGUGGAUGCCUAUUGCACAGAUGUGGACAACUUAUCUCAAUCCAGAUAACAUCAAAGGCUUAUCAGCUUUCACUAUCUUGCUUGGCAUGAUUGGGAAUGGUCUGAUGAUUCCUCGUGCACUAUUUAUCCGUGACCUGAUGUGGUUCACUGGUGCAUCUUGGGCUUCGUUUCUGCACGGGUGGGGUAAUUUGGCCUGCAUGUACUAUUUCAAGAGUAUCAGUUGGAAGUUUUUCUUAGGAGCAACACUCAGCUUAUUCAUAUGGACAGGAAUAGCCCUCUGGAGAGAUACCAAAGCUUAUGGAUACAGUUCACCCAUGAUAUCUCUGCAAGAACUGGUUUCAGGAACUUGAUGUGCAAGGUUUUGGCACCUGAUGGUUCUCCAUAGAAAUCAAUCCCAAACUACAUGGCUCUCAUGCUCUGCCAGUUUACCAAGCUAUUCAGCACUGCUGUGUCCUGUGUCAAUCCCAAUGGAGCCACAGAGGGUCAGGCUAUAUGAAGAUAUGUUGUCUGAUUGUAUUCAGGUGUAUUGUAAACAUGUUUGCCAAUUAUACACUGUGCCUGUGUAAAUUGUAGUGUACAGCUUUAAAUCACAAUCAUGUUCUGUUGAGACAAAUUAGAAGAAUGGAUAUGAUUCAAUCAUAUAUAUUUUGAUCCAA